AUGAGCACUCCCAAAGCGAUAGAAACCAUGCCUCCACUCUGGGCGCGGGACUUACUGAGUGACCCAUCACGAACUGUUGAUGAAGUCUACGCAACUGCCGGCUACCUCAAAGAACCACUUCGCGAGGUUGAUGAGCUCCUUCGCAGAGAUCCUCAUGGUUUCAUUCGUGUAUGGUUGACCGCGUAUCGCGAGCGUUCUCCAUGUGGUCUCAGGAAUCCUGUUUUAUGGGGUCUAACCCGAACGCUCUCGGUAUUCGCUCAUUCAGCCCUCAUCCCUAUCGACAUCGAAGUAGCAGAUACCCGCUAUCGUCCUUCGAAGCCUUGGCUGAAUCUCUUGGACGCCGGGCUAUGCUCCCUAUGUUUAGAAGCCGUUUCGUCAGAAGACUUCUUCAACGAGUUCUCAAAUUGGGUGUUAGACAUGAUGAAGGUCAUGGAGGCAAUUCUUGGAUGUUUCCAAGCCGGGCCACGCUUCAUGCAAGAGAAGUCGCGCUUGUGCGACGACAUCUGUGAAUUGGCUUUGGGGGUUUGGGAGCGUUGCUCAACUCACCGAGAUAUAUUCAUCGAUGGGAACCGUCUGGAACGAGCCGCGCCUGGCGUACCCAGACAACUCAGGAUGCUGCUUCGUAACAUGCUCGGUUCGUACUUGCAUGCUAAGCGCGAUGUACUUACCUAUCACCCCGACAGUCCUGAGUUCUUGAGCACUCGUGAGCUAUAUCUCAUGUGUUGGUUCUAUCGCGACGAGCCUUGGCGAGACGCCUUCGAAAUGCUGGGUACAGUCGUAUUUGCGUCUUUAAUUGAGGAGCAUGACGAACUGCGGCGCUUCAUUGAGCAAGAAGUCUUUCUGAAGUACGGUGCCGAAUCAUACUUGAAGCGUCUGACAGUGACGGUCGAAACUGUGGACACCAAUGACCCCAAUUGCCAUCCACUACUUGCGAGUUGCAUCGCUUUGCAACGGACGGUCCUGACCCACGAGGGAUUUCGACCGUACCUCCUAUCAUCUGGCCUAGUCCGUUCCCUCUGUGAGAUGGUCAGGAGAGAGGGGCGCCGACAGAACAUUCCGCCAGAUCACGCACACCUACACUUGCUCAUCAUCAAAAGCGUGCAAGGCAUUUUGAGUUAUCUCACUAAAUACGUUUCGGAGUGCAUAGCAGCACUUGUGCGCGAGCAUGACGUCCUGGAUAUCAUCGCUCGUGGGAUAUUGACACUGUGUUCAUCACCCUUGGAAUAUGUCGACACUCUGGCCUCAGUGGAGAUAUGCGGAGUAUAUGAAGACGUUGGGAGAACACUCGCCGCCAGAUCAACGAAGAACUCACUUCGCAAGGACUAUAAGCGCCGCCUACGUCGUGAAUGGUACCCUUUGCUCAAGUCCCUUGAUUCGGUCAUUGCACAGCAACGGAUCUCCG